AUGACUAUACAACGUUAUCUAACAUAUUAUUGUCCACGUAUAUUGACUAGUAGUAAAAAAUAUCGGUUUUUAUCUAUAUUUAUUUUGUCUAUAUUUAUAUUUCUAUUCAUAAUUUAUAAUAUUCAUAUAUCAAUUCAUCAAAAUACUCAACAAUUUGAUGAUUCUAUUUCGUAUAAAAAGUCUUUGAAUUUAUUACAUAAACAAAAAGUUCUUGUACCUGUAUCUAUUAAUCGUUUAUAUGAUUAUCAAGUAGUAUGUACCGGUAAUAGUGGUAUACUUAAUCGAACUAAUUUAAUUCAUCAAAUAUCAACAAUUUGUAAAAUAAAUUUAAAUGGAAGUUUAAAAAUUAAUCUUAAUCCAACAAAUGAUUUUCAAAUACGUUCAUCAUUAACAUUAAAAUAUGUUAAAUUAUGGAAAACAUUCAAUACAUGUUCAAUAUUUGAAAAUGAAACAAUUGCAAUUAUUAUUUCAUAUCGUAAUCGUGAAAAAAAUUUACAAAAUUUAUUAUAUAAUUUAUUACCAUUUUUACAACGACAAAAAAUUUUUAAUUAUAAAAUAUUUAUUAUUGAACAACAAACAUCAGGUGCAUUUAAUAAAGGUCGAUUGUAUAAUAUUGGAUUUUAUCAUAUUAUGAAAAUAUAUAAACCAACAUGUGUUAUUUUUCAUGAUGUUGAUCUUAUUCCAGAAAAUGAUCAAAAUUUAUAUUCAUGUUUAACAUUAACUAAUCAUCCCCUUCAUAUGUCAGCUAAUGUACGUUUUAAAAUAAAUGGUUCAUAUACAACAAUCUAUUCUUUUCUUGUUGGUGGUGUAUUAACAAUUCGACCAGAAACUUUUAUUUUAUUAAAUGGUUAUUCAAAUAGAUAUUUUAAUUGGGGUGGAGAAGACGAUGAUAUGGGUUUAAGAUUUUUAUCCAAAGAUAUUUGUGUUCAACGACCAACAACUGGUUAUUAUUAUGCUGGUUCACAUUCAACUCAAAUACGAAAUGAAAAUCGUUUUAAACUUUUAUUUGAUGCUACUUUAAGACAAGAUAUUGAUGGACUUAAUAAUAUUGAUCAAUUAGCUCGUGUAACAAAUACAUAUGAAUAUCCUCUAGUCACUUGGAUAACAGUGAAAUGGAUUGAUAAAUAUUCGUCUAUUUCAUAA